CGUAAAAUUUAGUAUAUUUUUAUGUUAGAAUCUUUAUACGGGAUAGAACAUCUUUCAAAGCUCUACAAAAACCAGAAAAUAUGUCGGCCGUCGUAGAAGAGACCAAAGUUGAAGGCGCUGUUGAGGCCACAAACCAAGAGGCCCCCAGCAACAAUCAAGAAGCCACCACACAAGAAGAACCCAAAAAGCAAAAGAAACCAAAACCCAAUAACAAGAAAUUGAGACAAGAAGCUGCCGCAAAGAAAGCAGCUGAUGGUGGUGGCGAAGCUGGUGCCGAGAAUGAAAAGGCCGGUGGUGAGGUUAAUGGCGAAUCUGCCACUGCUGGCGGUGACGGUGAAAAGAAAUCAGCAAACAAGAAGAAGAACAAAAACAAAAAUAAGGCCGGUCAAAAGAAGGGCGGGCAAACGGAGCCACCAACUGUGCCCAUUGCCGAACUAUUCCCAGAUGGCAAUUUCCCAGAAGGUGAAAUCAUGAAACACCCCGUACCCAAGGAUAUGCCUGACGAUCGUACCGCCACUGAUCGUUUCACUUCGGAAGAAAAACGUGCCUUGGAUCGUAUGCACAAUGAUAUCUAUCAGGAGGUGCGUCAAGCGGCCGAAGCACAUCGUCAGACACGUCAAUAUAUGCAACGUUAUAUUAAACCCGGCAUGAGCAUGAUUCAAAUUUGUGAAGAACUUGAAAAUACUGCUCGCCGUUUAAUUGGUGAAAAUGGUCUAGAGGCUGGUUUAGCUUUUCCUACCGGUUGUUCGUUGAAUCAUUGUGCUGCCCAUUAUACACCAAAUGCUGGUGAUACCACUGUCUUGCAAUACGAUGAUGUGUGUAAAAUUGAUUUUGGUACACACAUUAAGGGACGCAUUAUCGAUUGUGCAUUCACAUUGACUUUCAACGAUAAAUACGACAAACUGUUGGAAGCGGUUCGUGAGGCCACCAAUACCGGUAUUAAGGAGGCUGGUAUUGAUGUACGUCUAUGUGAUAUUGGUGCUGCAAUUCAAGAAGUUAUGGAAUCCUAUGAAGUUGAAUUGGAUGGUAAAACGUAUCAAGUUAAGGCGAUACGUAAUUUGAAUGGUCAUUCGAUUAGUCCAUAUCGUAUUCAUGCUGGCAAAACUGUACCAAUUGUCAAGGGUGGCGAAUCGACACGUAUGGAAGAAAACGAAUUCUAUGCCAUUGAGACAUUCGGCUCCACUGGCCGUGGUCUAGUUCAUGACGAUAUGGAUUGCUCUCAUUACAUGAAGAACUUUGAUGCUCCAUUUGUGCCAUUGCGUCUGCAAUCAUCGAAACAACUUUUGGGUACAAUUAAUAAACAUUUCGGUACAUUGGCUUUCUGUAAACGUUGGUUAGAUCGUGCUGGCGCCACCAAAUAUCAAAUGGCUUUGAAGGAUCUUUGCGACAAGGGUGUUGUCGAAGCCUAUCCACCAUUGUGCGAUAUUAAAGGAUGUUACACAGCCCAAUAUGAACAUACAAUUAUGUUGCGACCCACAUGCAAAGAAGUUGUUUCACGUGGUGAUGAUUAUUAAAUC